AUGUGGCGGGUGAAACCCUUAGUUUGGUUGGCUGCUCGCGAUGUCAACACCCUCCGUACUGUCUCUUCACUUCACUCCCGAACCCGGCAAGAGGAUGUCACCAUCAGUGGAAAUGACAAAGUGACAAGAAAUAGGGAGCGUAACUACGCAGCGGCACCGUCUGGAUGCUUUCGCUUUGAUUUACCGACUGCAUCGCUGCAUUCGGAACUUUCAAGAGGCCGUCGUUAUGAUGUACCGAAGGGAAAAUCAUGUAGCGGCCAAUGGGCCUCAAAAGGUAAAAUAUGCACAACUACCAAUAAUGGGAGAGCUGCAGUGGGAACAGGUAAGGAACCUUCAAUGGGACCGCUUCCAUCUUCCCGGAGUUCCGGCACCCGAUUCCCAGUUGAUUAUCGACGGAUGAAAGAGUCUCACAAGGUGGAGGCUGGUAAUGCUGUGAAUUCAACAAUAUCGAGUAGUGACAGCAGGGCACCGUCGAAACGAAUUAGUGUUCGAGUCAUCGCUUUGGAGUAA